AUGGCUCAACUACAGGCGGCCGGAGUGCUGCUCCCCCUGCUGGCGGUCGCUGUGGGCGCCGGGAACUUCGAGUCCUUCGGCGACUUUGGCGGCGAGCGCGGCAUGACGCUCAUCCCGGACCUGGACGCGCAGUUCGACUCGUCGGGCGCCUUCCGAGGGCGACAGCCGGCAGUUUCAGGUGUGGCUGACCUGGGUUCCUCAGUGUUCCCGCCCCCUGCGGCGCCCGCCCCUGUGCGACGACCAGUGGCCCAUGCGCCAGCUCCUAGACCGCUGCCUGUCGCCUACGCCGCUGCUCCGGUAGCCGUACACUACUAUCCUGUCCCUCAGGCUGUGGCGCCUCAGCAGGCGUCGCUGGCGGCGGUGGCUGCCCCCGCCGUCUUCCGCAGCGCCGCAGCCGCCCCCCGCCCCCAGGCCCGCCCCCGCGGCCCGGCCCCCAUCUUUGAAGCUCAGCCCGCAGCUGCCUACCGCGGACACGCCGUACCAGCGCCUGCCGCAGCACCAGGCGUCACAUCCUAUCAGGUACUGCUGCCACAUACGCCACCAGUCACCGAUAAUCUGCGACAUGUGGAUCCUGGCCGACUUAGCUGA